AUGGCCACCACCUUCCACCUCUUUCCCUUGCUUCCAUGGGAGCUACGUAUUCGCAUCUGGAAACUGAUCUCUACGCCCCGGACUGUAAUGGCAUGGGCCCACGACUACGGGAGGCCACACCCUCCGGUCCCUUCUGUCGUCCAGACCUGCCGCGAAUCCCGUCACCACUCUGGUUACGAACGGCUCUUCAUCGAGGAUCGCCCGCCAUUCUACUACAUCUGGGCCAACCUUACCAUCGACACGAUUCACAUCUUCGAGCACCGCCUACCCUUGCAGUUCGCUGGGAAACACCGCAUCCGCUACUUGUGCCUCGAGCUGGUGCACCAGGUGGACCCGGACAAUGAGCCUUUUCGUGACGGCUGGGUGGACGUAUACUCCAAUGCCUUAAUCGAUUAUGUGGCUGUUCGGAGCAUGGUUGUCGUCUCGUUCAACGACGUGAGCGCCUGGGGCGGCCAUGUACACUUGUAUCCGUGGCCUUGCCCGCUCUCGAGGGUGAUGCUUGUCCAGGACGGGUUUGAGAAACAGAUUAGUGCGCAAGAGCUAAUGGACUCUUUAACGCCUAAAACGUAG